UAACACUAAACCCUUUACCACUUCGCGCCCCUUUUCCUCUUCAUCUCUGUUCCCCAAAACGACGCCGCCUUUGCCGACCUAGUGCAGAGCACAGCACAUAUCGACGCGGCCUCCAACCUCCAGCCCCUUCUUCAAUUGAACAGUUUGUGUGCUACUGUUUUCUUCAAUUCAGAAAAGAAGAAACCCAGAAACCCUAAAACCACAAAAAGCAGCAGAAAAUCCGAACCCGAUGGUAUACGUGAGCUCGAAAGCGGACCUGAAGCGAAGGGAGAUACAGAAGAAGAAAGCCAAGUCUGGAGGGUUCGAGUCUCUGAAUCUAAGCCCCAAUGUCUUCAGAGGAGUCAAGCGCAAGGGCUAUAGAGUCCCCACUCCCAUUCAGCGCAAGACCAUGCCCCUUAUUCUUGGUGGAAACGACGUCGUUGCCAUGGCUAGAACUGGUUCAGGCAAGACGGCCGCGUUUUUGAUCCCCAUGCUCGAGCGGUUGAAGGAGCACGUGCCCCAGGGUGGUGUUAGGGCGCUCAUUCUCUCCCCCACCAGAGACUUGGCCUUACAGACUCACAAGUUUACCAAAGAGCUUGGCCAUUUCAUGGAUGUUCGAAUUAGUUUACUAGUUGGUGGUGAUAGCAUGGAAACUCAGUUUGAAGAAUUAGCCCAAAACCCUGAUAUUAUAAUAGCAACACCCGGUAGGCUGAUGCACCACUUAGCUGAAGUUGAUGACAUGUCACUUAGGACUGUGGAGUAUGUUGUUUUUGAUGAAGCGGAUUGCCUCUUUGGCAUGGGUUUUGCGGAGCAGCUGCACAAAAUCCUUGGGCAGCUGAGUGAGAACCGUCAGACCCUGCUUUUUAGUGCAACAUUACCCAGUGCUCUUGCAGAGUUUGCCAAGGCUGGUCUGCAAGACCCUCGGCUUGUGCGGCUUGAUUUGGAUACUAAGAUUAGCCCUGACUUGAAGGUUAUGUUUUUCACCGUGCGACAGGAAGAAAAGCAUGCAGCAAUACUUUAUUUGAUAAGGGAGCACAUUAAAUCUGGUGAGCAGACAUUGAUUUUUGUAUCUACAAAACAUCAUGUGGAGUUCCUGAAUAUCUUGUUUAGAGAAGAGGGCAUCGAGCCUUCUGUAUGUUAUGGUGACAUGGAUCACGAUGCUCGCAAAAUUCAUGUAUCAAGGUUUAGGGCAAGAAAGACUAUGCUGUUAAUUGUCACCGAUGUUGCAGCUAGGGGAAUUGACAUUCCGUUGCUUGACAAUGUCAUCAAUUGGGACUUUCCCCCAAAGCCUAAACUUUUUGUCCAUCGAGUAGGCCGAGCUGCAAGGGCUGGUCGAACUGGUACUGCGUUCUCUCUUGUGACAUCUGAAGAUAUGCCCAACCUUUUAGAUCUUCAUCUGUUUCUUUCAAAACCAAUUAGGGCUGCACCUACCGAAGAGGAGGUUUUACAGGAUAUGGAUGGAAUGCUGUCCAAGAUUGAUCAAGCAGUUGCAAAUGGAGAAACUGUUUACGGCCGUUUCCCCCAAACAGUUAUUGAUCUUGUUUCGGAUAGGGUUAGAGAGAUAAUUGAUUCUUCUUCAGAACUCACUUUAUUGCUGAAAACAUGUGCCAAUGCAUUCCGCUUGUAUUCAAAGACAAAACCCUCACCUUCAAAGGAGUCUGUUAGAAGAGCAAAAGAUUUACCUCGUGAAGGGUUGCAUCCAAUUUUUAAAAAUGUACUGGAUGGUGGAGAGUUGAAGGCAUUGGCAUUUUCUGAGCGGUUGAAGACGUUCAGACCCAAGCAGACCAUUCUAGAAACUGAAGGUGAAGCUGCUAAAUCAAAGAAUCUGAAGGGUUCUUCUCGUCAAUGGGUUGAUGUAAUGAGGGAAAAAAGAGCUAUUCAUGAAGAGGUCAUUAAUUUAUUUCAUCAGCAACGUUCUGAUAAUCAUGCGGAAAAGGGAGUUGAAUAUGAGAUUACUCCUUCAAAGGCAAAGGAGAAGAAAGUAUCAGGCUCUAAAAGAAAGGCAAGGAGCUUUAAGGAUGAGGAGUACUUUAUAAGUUCGGUACCAACAAAUCAUCAUACAGAAGCAGGACUCUCAGUAAGAGGAAAGGAUGAUUUUGACUCAAAUAGGUUGGAAGCUGCUGUUCUAGAUCUGGUUGCAGAUGAUAAUGUGGGCAUGAAGAAACAGAAAUCUGUAUUUCAUUGGGAUAAGAGGGGGAAAAAGUACAUAAAGUUAAAUAAUGGUGACCGUGUGACAGCUAGUGGCAAGAUAAAGACAGAGAGUGGUGCAAAAGCAAAACUUGAGAAAACUGGGAUAUACAAGAGGUGGAAAGAACGUUCUCACAAUAAAGUAUCGCUCAAAGGAAUUAAUGAAGGGAAUGCUGAGGAAGCUGCAGGUAACCGUAGGUGGCAGGGGAACAAGGGGAAGAACUCUUGGGGAAACAGGAAGCAGAACUCUGUGCCUAAUGCUCAUGUGCGUUCUGAAAUCAAGGACUUAGAACAGGUUCGGAAGGAUCGACAGAAAAAGGCCGACAGAAUCUCGUAUAUGAAGAGCAAGUCUUCUAAGGGUAACAAAUUUGGUAAAAGUGGAAAAGGUGGAAAAGGUGGACAAAGAGGAAAGGGAAAGAGGUAAAAGAAUUGCCUAAUAUGAGUCUUGUGAGUUUUCCCCUUGCUCCUUUGGCAAGCUGUUUUGUAGAGCACCAAGAAGAGAAAAAAAAAACCGGAAAAAGAAAAGAAAAUAGGGGAAGAGUAUUGUUAUCAAUCACUGUACUUAUAGAUGAAGCCAAUUUUGCACUUCUCUGAAAGGAUGGAUGAAAGUUCUCAUUAAUUUGCUUUUCAG